UGAAAACUACCCGUUGGUUAUGUCAAUUAAUAUAUUGUUAAAAUUGUGUAUAACCUUUGGCAUGGCAUCGAUAUUGUCAUUCUGUGUCUUAAUGUUGUAAUAUUCUACAGCCAGUGGUUGGUUCCAGUCCGGAUGUUUGAGUAAAGAUGGCGGCGCGUUGCUUAGUACAAAUAAUGUGAUUAUAAACUGGAUUUGGCAAAGGGAUCUUACUGAUUACAUUGUUGCAUCGCCUUGUGCUUAGUGUGUAUACACACACACACACACACACACACACAUACACACUCACACACUCAGGUAAAUAUGUCGGAUUCGGAGGAGGAGAGUCAGGAGCGGCAGCUGAAGAUGGUGUUGAUCGGAGACGGAGCUUCGGGAAAGACGUCACUCGCCACUCGAUUUGCGCAGGAAGCUUUCGGGAAGCAGUACAAACAGACGAUAGGGCUUGAUUUCUUCCUCAAGAGAAUCACACUGCCAGGAAACCUGAACGUGACUCUGCAGGUGUGGGACAUUGGAGGACAGACGAUUGGAGGAAACAUGCUGGACAAAUAUAUAUACGGCGCUCAUGGUGUCUUACUGGUGUAUGACAUCACCAACACUCAGAGUUUCGAGAAUCUAGAAGACUGGUAUGGAGCGGUGAAGAAAGCAAAUGAGGAGUCUGAGACGCAGCCUGUUGUAGCCUUGGUGGGCAACAAGAUUGAUCUCGAGCACAUGAGGACAGUGAAACUGGACAAGCACCAGCGUUUCUGCCAGGAGAACAGCAUCAUGAGUCAAUUUGUAUCAGCCAAGACUGCAGACUCGGUAUUCCUUUGCUUUCAGAAAGUGGCAGCUGAGAUUCUGGGAAUAAAACUCAAUAAAGCAGAAAUUGAACAGUCACAGAGAGUGGUGAAGGCCGACAUUGUAAACUACAGUCAGGAAUCGGUGGCUCGGACAGUCAACGCUCCACGAAGCUCCAUGUGUGUUAUACAGUGAUCAACACACAUACACACACACACUUUCUCUUUCUCAUUUGCUCUUUUUAUUUUUAUUAUUAUCUGCAAACAAAGACAAAAACACAGAUAUAUAGCUUGGUCCUAUCGUUUUGUGUGUGUGUGUGUGUGUGUGUGUGUGUGUGUGUGUGUGUGUGUGUGUGUGUGUGUGUGUGUGCAUGCACUACCUACCAUCCUUUAUUUUGCCAAUUCAAGAUGGAUGUGAGGUGACAUCACUGGCUGUGUCCCAAAUGCUAGUGUCUGAUUCUUAUUAGACGAGUGUGACACUUUUACAGAAGUAUUGCAGCCUGACAGCCUGUUCACCUGUUUAUGUGGUUCAAGUAGGAUUCAUGAGCUUUAAUUAUGUCCUACUGGACAAGUCAAUCCUUUGGAAUAAUGAAUGAAAGGACGAUAAUGGCAAGGUGAGAACGGCGGAAUUUAGGCGAAUGAAUAUGACGGCAGCUAUGAAAGCCAGCAGCUUGCAGCGGUUGUAGUCAGAAAAUAAAAUAUUACAAGCUGAAAAAAUGAAAUACUGUACGCUAUCGACGAUAAGGUUAACAGUGAACUGUAUCAGAAAAUGUAAAGAAAAAAAAAACAACACUGCAUAAAUGAUUGUAGCUUCACUACAUGCACAAAAGUGUGUGGACACCUAAACCCUUAGAUCGCUUAGUAUGCGCUUUUUUUUUUUUUUUUUUUUUUUAAAACCAUCCCAUUCCACAUUUAGUCCCCAUUUGCUUAUAAUAACCUCCACUCUUCUGGGAAGAUGUUCCACUAGAUUUUGUGAAGAUUGUGCUCAUUCCGGUCUGGGGUGCCGUCAGCGUUCCAAUUCAUCCCAUAGGUGUUCAAUAGGGUUCUAUAGCACUAUAGCAGGAGAUCUUCCACUUCAACCUAUGUAAAGCAUAUCUUCAUGGAGCUGGAUUUGUGCACAGGGAAGU